UGAGUCGGGCCAAAGUAGUAGUGGAUGGUAGAGUCAAAAUAGUAGUGGAUAGUUGGGUCGAAGUAGUAGUGGAUGGUCGAGUCGAAGUAGUAGUGGAUAGUAGAGUUGAAGUGGUAGUGGAUGGUUGGGUCGAAGUAGUAGUAGAUAGUCGAGUCGAAGUAGUAGUAGAUGGUCGAGUCAAAGUAGUAGUGGAUGGUCGAGUCGAAGUGGUAGUGGAUGAUUGGGUCGAAGUGGUCGAAGUAGUAGUGGAUGGUUGGGUCGAAGUGGUAGUGGAUGGUUGGGUCGAAGUGGUAGUAGAUGGUCGAGUCGAAAACAGUUGA